AUGGGCGAAUUGAUCUCGAUCUCGAUAUUUCUUUUACAAUUCAGUAUCCUCACUUCGUUAAGCGAAAAGGAAAUACCCUGCAGGUUCUUAUCCAAAGAAGGCGGAGAUUCAAGAACAGGCCAUUUCCGUCAUCGUUUAAGGUAA